AUGUGCCUCGUAUCUGUGGUUUCAUGUCAAGAUUGGGAAGUGACUACGGUGGAGGGUAUUGGGAAUCGACGUAGCGGGUACCACCCGGUACAGAAAGCCCUGGCUCAGUACAAUGGCACACAAUGCGGUUAUUGUAGCCCCGGAUGGGUCAUGAGCAUGUACAGCUUACUGGAAUCAAAACAUUAUGAUUUAACACAAUACGAAAUAGAAAAUUCAUUUGGAAGUAACACCUGUCGAUGUACUGGAUACAGACCCAUUUUAGAUGCUUUCAAAAGCUUUGCUAAAGAUGCACCAAAACCUAAACUACAAGAUAUUGAAGAUCUAAAAGAAUGUAAAAGUGUAAAUUGUAAAAACAACUGUGACAACAACUGGUGCUUUAUUAAUAAAAGUGACACAGAUACAAAAACGAAAAAAAUUGUACUGAAAGAUAAUCGGAUUUUCUAUAGAGUGAAUCAACUUGAUGAUAUCUUCUACGUUUUAGAUAAAGAAGGAUAUGAGUCUUACAUGCUUAUGGGAGGCAAUACAGGAAGAGGAGCGACACCAAUACUGGAGUACCCUAGAAUUUUAAUAGAUAUUAGUGCUGUACAAGAAAUCAAAAUGCAUUACUUGGAUCAGAACCUCGUUGUUGGUGCUGGGACUACUUUAACAGAUCUGAUGGAUAUAUUUUUGGCAAUUUCAAAAACAAAUGAGGAAUUUGCUUAUUUGCAAAAAUUCUAUGAACAUUUAGAUUUAGUUGCUCAUAUACCGGUGAGAAACAUUGGGACAAUAGCUGGAAAUUUAAUGACAAAACACAGAUAUCCUAAAUUUUCAUCAGAUUUAUAUUUACUAUUUGAAUCGGUUGGUGCGUAUUUAACUAUAGUUCAUCAAAAGAAAUUCAUAGAAGUCACACCACAAGAUUUUCUACAUUUAGAUAUGACUGGGCGGGUAAUAACAUUCGUAAAAUUUCCACCUCUACCAGAAAAGUAUAAAUUCACAUCGUUUAAGAUUAUGACUCGUUCACAAAAUGCACAUGCUCAAGUAAAUGCUGCUUUCUUAUACGAGUUCGAUCAUAACCAUGACAAUACUGUACUAUCAGCAAGAAUAGUCUUUGGAGGCUUAUCCGAAACAUUUACUCACGCUCAACAAACAGAACGGUUUCUAGUGAAAAAGAAAAUCUUCACAAAUGAAGUGCUGCAAGAAGCUCUUCGUGUAUUACACGAUGAACUAAUCGGUCUACUUCAACUGAUUCCUGAAAGUAAAUUGAAACCGUUUUAUCGGUCUGGCGCCAAGAACUUUAAAAGAACAAGACCUGUUUCUAAAGGAGUUGAAGUUUAUGAUACAAAUCCAGUAAUAUGGCCAAUAAACGAACCGAUGCCUAGAAUAGAUGCAAUGAUACAAUGUGCUGGUGAGGCCGAAUAUGUAAACGAUAUUCCCGUGCGACAUCAAGAAUUGUAUUGUGCUUUCGUCACUUCGGACAUAUGUGUUGGAGAAAUAGAGAGUAUUGAUCCUACUCCAGCAUUGAAACUUCCAGGAGUUGUAGCAUUUUUCGCAGCAAAAGAUAUUCCAGGAAAGAAUUCAUACCUAUCCCAGAGAGUACCAACACAAUUAAUACCAGAAGAAGUAUUUGCUGAAAAAGAGGUUGGUGUAAGUAGUAAUGGUGAAAUACAGUAUUUAGAAUACCACUUCUUCCAAAAUUAUGGGUACUUAGCUGCUGAAGCUAUUUAUACACUAACAAUUCCAUCAUUGAAAAAUUGUUACGACAAUAGAAGGUGGCAAUAUAAACUGUUUAGUGUCACAACAGAUUUACCUUCUAAUACGUUCGCUAGGGCUCCAGGUGAAUUAGAAGCAAUUGCACUAACUGAGCAUAUCAUGGAAAGGAUAUCGUAUGAAAUUGAGAAAGACCCAGUGGAAGUUCGCUUAAACAAUAUUGACCCACUAGCUACAGAUACUAUUGAUGUUAUACAAACAGUACUUAAAGAAAGUGAAUAUUAUAAACGCAAGGAAGAGAUAGCGAAAUUCAACAGUACGAAUAGAUGGAAAAAGAAGGGCCUAAGAGUUGCUUUCUUAAGUUGGCCCGCACCAACACUUGUUGAUUAUCAUGUUCUUUUAAGUGUUUUUCAUGGAGAUGGAACCGUUGUGGUUGCCCACGGUGGUGUAGACAUAGGUCAAGGUAUCAAUACUAGAGUUAUCCAAGUGGUUGCAUAUACGCUCAAUAUAUCAAUGGAUAAAAUUAAAAUAAAGCCCACAACAGUUGAAAAGAAUCCUAAUACUUUCACUGUUGGUGGUAGCCGUACAACACACUCAGCAUGUUUUGGAGCUAUCAAGUGUUGUCAAAUGAUUUUAGACCGUUUAUCCACCGUAAGAGAGACACUAAAUAAUCCAACAUGGGAAGUAUUAGUAGAGGCUGCUUUCAAUCAAGGUAUAAACCUACAGGCGAGCUAUCGAGUGACCGCCAAUGACGUGGACACCCAUAGAUCAGCUGGAGCUGUAGUAACUGAAGUGGAAUUAGAUAUUUUAACAGGAGAACAUGAGAUCCUGAGAGUAGACUUAGUUGAAGAUGUCGGUACAAGCGUUAAUCCAGAACUAGACAUAGGCCAGGUUGAGGGUGCAUUUAUCAUGGGCAUCGGGUAUUGGACACAUGAACACCUUGACUAUGAUAAAAAAACUGGGGAGCUCCUAACUGACCGGACAUGGAACUAUGACGUACCACUCGCUAAAGAUAUUCCAAUAGAUUUCAGAGUACGGCUGAGAAGAAAUUCUUUCAAUCCCUUUGGAACUUUGGGAUCCAAAGGCGAGUCUGUUUCAGAACCGCCUAUAUGUCUGGCCGUGAGUGUAGUAUUCGCUCUCAGGGAGGCUAUUGCAGCAUCCCGCGAAGAUAGCGGAUACCCGAAAACCCAAUGGUUUGAUGUCGAUGCACCAUACACAAUCGCCAAGAAUGUUUUGAAAGCAGACGUCCAACUUAAAGAGUUUCUAUUCAAUUGA